AUGACACCUACGCCCCCGACAACCAAUUCGUCGACGGGCGCAUCUCCCGACAAUGGCCAGUUUCGCGUGCGCGGCGACACUGCCUCAUGUGUCUAUGCCUCUCCCAGCGCUCGCAAGAAGCCUGGCAUCCACCACGUACCCACUGGCACCCCCGACGACAUGCAGAACCGCAUCGAUCGACUCGAGAGUCUGGUUCUGUCGCUCAUGACCAACGGAUCCCAGGCUGCUGGUCCCUCGGCUGCACACGCUGCCAUCAACUCAAGCCGGAGCAAUAGUCUUGGUACCUCGAUUAGCAUGCCCUUGGAUCCCCACAGAGACAGCAUCAGAGAAGUCGAAGGAGAAGAUAGCGAUAUCAACGACGUCGCUCAAGACAUCGGUAUCAUGAAAAUUGAUGGUGCAAAGGCUUUCUUCGUGCCUGAUGCGCAUUGGUAUGCCAUCUUGUCGGACAUUGCCGAGGUCAAGAACUACUUUGCCAGUCACAAGGAGCAAUACCAGGAACAAUUUAGAAAGGUCGAGGCCUCGAAACAGGACGAUGCUUCGGGCUCGUUCCUGUUCAAAGGCCCAAGGCUGAACAACAAGACUGAAGUCCUCGUUACCAUGCCCGACAAGAAUGCCGUCGAUGACCUGGUGAAACGCUACUUCCAAUCAUACGAUCCAGCCGUCCAUAUCAUCCACGGCCCGACAUUCCAGGGGCAAUACGAUAGACACUGGCAAAAUCCUAACGAGACACCCGUAACUUUCCUCGCGUUGCUGUACGGUAUGAUGACUCUCGCGUUGCAAUCGUACACCAGAGCAGGGGAUGAACCUCCGGAAUACCAGGGCAGAUCGCAUGACCUGUCCAUCUCCUUCAAGCGUCUCACAGCACAAUGCAUUGUGCUUGCAGACGUCACCCAGCCAAUGCCGCAGCUAGUUGAUGCUCUCAUACUACAUAUCCAGGCCGAGCACAGCAGCAGCAACGACGCCGAAACUGGCAUUCUCUUGCUUGUCAAUCUGUGCACCCGUCUGGCGAUGCGUAUGGGUUAUCAUAGAGAUUCUGGCCCGUACCCUAGUGUUUCGCCAUUCACUGCCGAGAUGAGACGACGGGUUUGGGCCUUUGUACGACAGGCUGAUCUGCUUUUCUCGUGCCAAUUUGGCCUUCCUCCCCUCAUUCGCUCAGAUGCGACCGACUCUGACCUUCCCCAUAACAUCUUUGACGAUGAGUUCACCGAAGACAUGAAGUUGUUACCUCCUUCUCGGCCAGAUGCAGAAGUCACUCCAGCAUCGUACAUGAUUGCGAAGGCUCGGUUGAUAUCAUGUUUGGGCCAGAUUGUCGAGCGCAUCCAAUCAGUGACAUCGUCUCCAACAUACGAGGAGAUCAUGAAAUUGGAUGCUCAGCUUCGUGAGGCUCGUACUCAAAUCCCUCCUCAUCUCCAGAUGAAGCCUCCUUCUGAGCUGGCCACGGUUGCUCCAAACCUUAUCAUGCAAACGUAUGCCUUGGAAUUGAUCUAUCUCAAGUCGCAAUGCAUGUUGCACCGCAAAUUUAUUGCGAGAGGACGUGACUUGCCGCGCUACGCAUACUCUAGAAGAACUUGCAUUGAUGCCUCGAUGGAGAUGCUUAGCCACCAAGCUACACUCUACCUGGAAUCACGAGAUGGUGGCAAGUUGCGAUCCGUCAAGUGGUCCAUCUCUUCGCUCACGACCCACGACUUCUUGCUUGCAGCCAUGAUCGUGUGUCUCGACCUUUACCACACUUCGGAAUCUGAUAGAAGCGUGGUCAAAUCCUCUUCAUCAAAUCCAUCGUCUCCAUUGACAGGAGAUGUGUGGACACAAGACCGAAGAGAGCAGAUGAUCGUAGCGCUUCAGCAUUGCGCCUCCAUCUGGGAGAGUUUGCGAGAUAAGAGUAUGGAAGCUUACAAAGCAUCUACGCAGCUUCGCGUAAUGCUGGGUAAGCUGAGAGCACAGGAACAGCAACAGACAGCAAUGGUCGGCGGCAGGGAGCAGCAAAUGCGUAAUCCCAACCAAUACGGCAUGCGUGGCCAUUCUUUUGGUGCCUUCCCCAACGGCCAAGUGUCUGACCUCGUUGAGGACGAGGUUCCGCCUGAGCAUUCUGCAGCAAUGACAUUGGGCCUGCUGUCCUCGGGCGGCGUUAGUCCCAAUGCUGGAUUUGCCUCGAACGCACCAGGCUCGCUAGGCAUGGAAACACGUGGAUACCCAGCCAGUAUGGCUGGCCUGCUCAAUGAGCCCAUGUCUGAGCGUACGGGAUUGACACCACAGUACAGUGGCGUGGAUGUCAACGGUGCACAAGCUGUUCAAGGUGCAGCAUCUCCAUUUACACAGCUAUUUGGCGGCGCAGCACCAGAAGUAGAUUGGGUCAAUCCAUUGGAUGGUCAACAAGCUCAACAGCAGCAGGCGCAACAACAGGCACAACAGCAGUUGGCUCAACAGGCUCAGCAAGCGAGCAUGAAUAACAUGUUCAUGGGCCCAGCUGGUGCAGCCAACAUGAUGUGA